GGCCGGCUGUGACCAGGGCGCAGCUGCCUUCCUCCCCAGACACCAGCUGCCCCUGCCUGUCCCGGACUGAGCGUCCACGAUUCCCGCCUGUCUCGCGGGUGCGGGGGCAGGGAGUGGCACUUCCUCCUUGGAGCCAGUAGCGCCGGCACCUGGGGAGGGAGGAGAAGGCGUGCGUGGGAGCGUGACAGUGAAUGUGUGACUGAGAGCUCGCGUACACUUGAAGAAGUUGCUGUGAGCCUCCGACUCCGUGCGGCCGCGGGAGCGGGUCUCGUAUCUCCCCCUUUAGGGUCCUCCGCUAGCCCAGCCUGUCCCCCUCCACGCCCUCCCUCUGGAACUCGCACCCACCCUCGGAAGGAGAGGGGAGGGCCGGGAGGCGUCUUCUGGGACGCUGGGGGUCCUGGGGGGCGGGCGUGGGAGGCGUCUGGACCUGCUGCCUGCGCUCCAGUCCCGGGCGGGGCUUCCCGUCCUCCCUCAGGAGGGAGGGAGGAACCCGCGGAGGGACGCGAAAGGGGCAGGAGCCAGCGCGUUAGAGACCUGGGUGAGGGAGAAGCGGAGAGCAAGGCACAGCUGGAAGGGUGGGUGUGGAGGCCGAGGCACCCGCCAGAGCAAAGAGACAGAGACAGAGAAGCCUCGGCCAGAUAUCCACCGGAGAGACCCCCAGGCAGGGACGAGGCAGAGGCACCUCCAAGGAGCAGAGACCCUGGGACCUCAGGGAGACGUUUCCCAGUCAGAGACCGAGAGCGUCGCCCAGAGUGAGACAAGGACUGACAGUUGAAGGACAACGCCCCCCGGGUCGCCUGGGAGACCCGGAGCGGGUCCGGGGGCGGGCCAGAGCAAUCUCGCCCUGGUUGGGGGCCAUGGGGACACCGACCCUGCAGGGCCUCCUCCUUCUCUUUCUCCCGUUUCUGCCGCUGCGCGGGGCCUCAGCGGGGAGCCUGCACAGUCCAGGCUUGUCCGAGUGCUUCCAGGUGAAUGGCGCCGACUACCGCGGUCACCAGAACCACACCGGCCCUCGAGGAGCCGGACGCCCGUGUCUUUUCUGGGACAAGACGCAGCAGCACAGCUACAGCAGCGCCAGCGACCCCCAGGGCCGCUGGGGGCUGGGCGCGCACAACUUCUGCCGGAACCCCGAUGGUGAUGUGCAGCCGUGGUGCUACGUAGCUGAGUCGGAGGAGGGUAUCUACUGGCGCUAUUGUGACAUCCCCACGUGUCACAUGCCUGGCUACCUGGGAUGCUUCGUGGACUCUGGUGCACCCCCAGCUCUCAGCGGGCCCAGUGGCACCUCCACAAAGCUCACUGUCCAGGUGUGCCUUCGCUUCUGCCGCAUGAAGGGCUACCAGCUGGCGGGUGUGGAGGCUGGUUAUGCCUGCUUCUGCGGCUCUGAGAGAGACCUGGCCCGCGGAAGUCUGGCUCCUGCCACCGACUGUGACCAGAUCUGUUUCGGCCAUCCCGGCCAGUUGUGCGGUGGUGAUGGACGCCUGGGCAUCUAUGAAGUGUCGGUGGGCUCCUGUCAGGGAAACUGGACUGCGCCUCAGGGUGUCAUCUACUCCCCGGACUUUCCCGACGAGUACGGACCAGAUCGGAACUGCAGCUGGGUGCUGGGCCCGACGGGUGCCUCCGUGGAGCUCACCUUCCGUCUCUUCGAGCUGGCCGACCCGCACGACCGGCUGGAGCUGCGCGACGCCGCCUCGGGCAGCCUGCUCCGCACCUUCGACGGCUCCCGGCCUCCGCCCCCCGGGCCUCUGCGCCUGCGUGCAGCUGCGCUGUUGCUCACUUUCAGCAGCGAUGCGCGCGGCCAUGCGCAGGGCUUCGCGCUCACCUACCGCGGGCUGCAGGACGCUGUGGAGGACCGCACGCCCCCCAAGGGCUCGGCCCAGACCCCCGCAGAACCCCCCGCGGGGGCCAACCUGAGCUGCAGCCCUAGGCCCGGAGCUCCGCAGGCUGCGAUGGGGGCCCGGGUCUUCUCGACAGUGACGGCCGUCUCUGUGCUGCUGCUGCUGCUCCUGUCGCUGUUGCGUCUGCUGCGCCGACGGAGCUGCCUUCUGGCUCCGGGAAAAGGGCCCCCGGCAUUGGGACCUUCCCGGGGCGCCGGGAGAAGCUGGGCUGUGUGGUACCGCCGACCCCGAGGGGUGGCCCUGCCCUGUCCUCCUGGGGACCCCCAGGCAGAGGGUCCUGCCGCCGGCUAUCGGCCCCUGAGUGCCUCCAGCCAGAGCUCCUUGCGCUCGCUCAUCUCUGCUCUCUGACUUCGGAUCCCCAGGGUCCAUCGGACCUUCUGCCAGUGAGAUGGACACCCAACACGUUAUGCCGCACUCUACCUCUGCCUCUUGCCACUUUAAAGGCAGCUUGGCCUCUGGUCACUUCAGGGAGACCAGAAAUCGGACAGGAAGCAUCUCGUGCUAUUCUGGGAAUUUGGCCUGACUUUCUGGGUCCAGUUCACCAACCCAUAGAUCUUGAUGUGGGAGGUAGUCUCUGUUUUUAGGGGUCUUCGAGCCUCUCUUGGAGUCAUCUUGAAUUGCUGCCCUCAGAGAGAGAGAGGGGUUGGAAGUUAAAAAAAAAAAAAAUGUAGCCCAAAUGUCACUGGCAGUCAGAGGAGC